GGUGCUGACAGAGGCUGUGCCCAGGCAGGACAGCUCUGCCAACUGGGGGAAAAAAAAUUUCCCAGAGCAAUAACAAGGAAACCUCUUCAUCCAUAACAUGAGGCCAGCCGGCUUUUAAAACCCCAAACAGGAGUUCUCAAGGGCGGGGAAGAACAGACGCUGGAACAUGUGUGGCGGCUGGUAAACUUUGCAAGCCCGGACAAGCGUCGUUCCGGCUGCCCAUCCCCGUCACCACUACCUCCUCAGCCCUAGCGAGAUCCCUUAGUGGAUUUCAUGGAGACGGCCGCCCUCCUCUCUUCCCGCCUGAGGAGAAGCACCGGCUGGGAUUCCGUCAUGUCCUGCAUCACCCAAAUAUGGCAAGCGGAAGUGCCAGACUCUCCCCCAAUGAGCCCCUUGAGCCCCAUCCCAGCUGCACCCAAUGAAAUCCCGAUCCCCCUCAGCCCCAUUGUGAUCACCUCUCCGGCGACCAGCUCCCCUGCGGCCAGCUUCCCUGCAGAAGGAAGGCCCAGGGUGUGCUCCCCGAUACGGUCUCCGGUGGAUGGCAAACUGAGGCUCGGCUCGCCGACGGACAAGCCCACCUCCCCUAUCGAGUGCUCCAUCUGCUUCAACACCUACGACAACAUUUUCAAGACGCCCAAGGUCCUGGAAUGCCAGCACACCUUCUGCUUAGAGUGCCUGGCCCGCCUGACCGCCGCGCUCCCCGCGAACCGAGUGGAAGAUCAGCUGCCGUGCCCUUUUUGCCGUCAGCUCACCGAAAUCCCCCUCGAGGGGCCACCGGGCCUCCGGACGAGCAAGGAACUCUUGGCCACCUUGCCAGCCGAACUCCAGCGCGAGAAGGUCAUCUGGAUGGAAGGCACCAAGCUGUGCUGCAGGCAGACGUCCGACCCGGAGAACCCAGACUGCAUCAGCAUCGACGUGGGCCUGAGCAAACCAGAAGCCCCGGAGCUGCCCCCAGACACUUUCAUGGGGAGGUUGUCUCGCUGUACCAUGUGCGAUGACUGGAAACGCAUUGUCCUCCUCUCGGCGUUGAUCAUUAUCCUGUUCUGCAUCAUUCUCUGGCCGGUUCAGUGCGUCCUGAAAACGGGCAACCUUCGUUGUUUUGCUAGGACUUACACGAUGACCAAGCCGUACAUUCCAUAUCAUCCGCCGACCACCACAGCACCGACGACGGCAGCCCUUGAUCCCAUAUGGUGACCCCGGGAGACGGACUUCUUUAUGGUGCACCAGAACUCUACCCUGCUCACGUGGACACUUUUUUUUUGGUUAUUACUUGAAGUAUUCUUGCCGCUCUUCAUGCACACUGAACAGCUUCGUAAACCAUUGCUAGGCUAAACCUUGGCUGCUGCCACGCGUACCCUUUAUUUAUGAUGCAUUAACGCCAGUGGCCGCACAGAACAUGCGGGGGGAACCAAACCUUUUGUACGGUAUGACCGCGAUCGGGUGGUUUUCUUUAGGAUACCUGCCGAAGAACCCGACCCACCGCGCUAGCCGGAAAUCCCAAACUAAAUAAUAAGCAGACGGUUGAAUCAUGUACGGUGUUGUGCCCUGACGUAUCGCGGUGACCAAUAAAAAUCAAAAGGAGCUUGUGCCGAAGGCUGAAUCCGCUGUGCAUAAUACGUGUGUUUAAUUCUACAUGAAG